AUGUACAACAAUUGGUCCAAGCGCGCUAAUAUAGUUUCUUCGUUUUUACACUGGUACAAGAUAGAAAGCAUUGUCGACUAUCUCCAGAGUCUUCGUGACUAUAUUAUUCAUCCUGGAGAUGAUCAUAAAAAUAUAAAGGCCAUUCCCACUUUGGUCCGAACCGAAUGCCCUGUGGGUACAGAAUCCCGCUUUCCGGAAGAUGGAUUGUUCGUCUGUCAAGGAUAUGGAAAAUGGGGUCUAAAAAUCGACAUUAUCCAAAUAUUUGUUGACACAAUCGUGCACCCAAAGAGACUCGAACGAAGCUAUUGGAAUUUAAGCUCCCAAGGUCAAUCAGAGGAAAUUCUACUGAGUCUCAUUGAUGAUCUAUUUCAAAUCAUCGAGCAAAUGAGUGACGUCGUGGAUAGAGCUAGUUUUGAGAAACGAUAUGGCCUUCAAUGGGUGGACCUAUGA